AUGAUGGGUUUUCUCUCUCCUAACUUUGCUUUGGAUACAAAAUUCACUUGGACAAAUAGCCAGUCGGGUUCUAAUAGAAUUAUUAGUAAACUUGAUCGUGAUGUUAUUAAUGUUGCUUGGCUUGCAAAGUUUGAGAAUUGGCGGUGUAAAGCUCUUCUUAGGGAAGUUUCCGACCAUUCAACUCUCUUGGGUUAUCCUUUUGUUGUUCCAAGACCUAAGAGAGCUCAUUUUCGCAUUCAGAAGAUGUGGUUCUUACACGCUGAUUUUCUUCGUAUGCAAGAUCAAUUGUGGUUUGAAGCUGCUGCUCUUCGUUCGGAUGAGGAUCCAAAUGAUGUUACUAAUCUAAAUCUUAUGAAAGAUGCUAUGUCCAAGCUAAGUGAAACUCGUCUUCAGCACAACACUAUGCUUAAACAAAAGGCAAGGAAUCAAUGGCUUGUGGAGGGUUCAAGCAAUUCUACUUUCUUUCAUAAUAGUAUUCGUAUUCGGAGAAGUGCUAAUACUAUUUCUGAAUUAGUUGAUAGUGCUGGCAAUAUUAUUUCAGAUUAUGAUCAAGUUCAUGAUCAUGUUGUGCAUUAUUAUGAGUACAAGUUCAAUGGUUAA